GGGCAUUUUCUUUUAAAAAUAUCCUUUGAUCAGGCUGCUGUCUGGUGGUCUCAGAGCUGAGAGAGAGAAGUUGUAUGAGUGGCGUUGGGCAUUCCUUGGUGGGAUUCACAGGCAAUGGUGAUUUUGUGAGAUUUCCUUUGGCAGCUAAGCUAGGGCAUCAGUCUCAGGAGUUGAAUCCAACUGGGUAGACAGUGCAUGGUGGGAUGUGUCUUUCUACUCUACUUUUUGUGUCUCCUGCAGGAGUGAAGAAGAGAACCAAGGUCAUCAAGAACAGUGUGAACCCUGUGUGGAAUGAGACACUCAAGGGCAUCCCCUUGGACCAGAGCUCUGAGCUUCAUGUGGUGGUCAAGGACCAUGAGACGAUGGGGAGAAACAGGUUCCUGGGGGAAGCCAAGGUCCCACUCCGGGAGGUCCUCGCCACCCCUAGUCUGUCUGCCAGCUUCAAUGCCCCGCUGUUGGACACCAAGCAGCAUCCCACUGGGGCCUCGCUGGUCCUGCAGGUGUCCUACACACCACUCCCUGGAGCUGUGCCCCUGUUCCCACCUUCUGUCCCUCUGGAGCCUUCUCCAACACUGCCUGACAUGGAUUUGAUGGCUGGUGGGGGACAGAGCCGGGCCGAGACUUGGUCCCUGCUCAGUGACAGCACCGUGGACACGAGAUACUCUUCAAAGAAGUGGCCAGCCCCUACGGACACAGGAGGAGAGGAAGACACUGAGGACCAGGGGCUCACAGGAGAUGAGGCAGAGCCAUUCCUGGAUCAGAGUGGCGCUCCAGGCCCAGGGGCGCCCACCACCCCCAAGAAACCACCUUCCUACCCUCCCCCUUACCAUCGUGGAAGCAAGAGAAAGAGAAGUGUACCCACGUCCAGAAAGCUGCUGUCAGACAAGCCACAGGACUUCCAGAUCAGAGUCCAGGUGAUUGAGGGGCGCCAGCUGCCCGGGGUGAACAUCAGGCCUGUGGUGAAGGUCACGGCUGCUGGGCAGACCAAGAGGACUCGGAUUCACAAGGGAAACAGUCCUGUCUUCAAUGAGACUCUUUUCUUCAACAUGUUUGAGUCGCCCGCGGAGCUAUUUGAUGAGCCCAUCUUUAUCACGGUGGUGGACUCCCGUUCCCUCAGGACAGAUGCUCUGAUCGGGGAGUUCCGGAUGGACGUGGGCACCAUUUACAGAGAGCCCCGGCACGCCUAUCUUAGGAAGUGGCUGCUGCUCUCGGAUUCUGAUGAUUUCUCUGCUGGGGCCAGAGGCUACUUGAAAGCAAGCUUGUGUGUGCUGGGGCCUGGAGACGAAGCUCCCCUGGACAGAAAAGACCCCUCUGAAGACAAAGAAGACAUCGAAGGCAACCUGCUCAGGCCAACAGGCGUGGCCCUUCGAGGAGCCCACUUCUGCCUGAAGGUCUUCAGGGCUGAGGACUUACCCCAGAUGGAUGAUGCUGUGAUGGACAAUGUGAAGCAGAUCUUUGGCUUUGAAAGUAAUAAGAAGAACUUGGUGGACCCCUUUGUAGAGGUCAGCUUUGCAGGCAAAAUGCUCUGCAGCAAGAUCCUGGAGAAGACGGCCAACCCUCAGUGGACCCAGAGCAUCACUCUGCCUGCCAUGUUCCCCUCCAUGUGUGAAAAAAUGAGGAUUCGUGUCAUAGACUGGGACCGUCUUACUCACAAUGAUAUUGUGGCCACCACCUACCUGGGCAUGUCGAAAAUAUCUGCCCCUGGAAGAGAAAUAGAAGUGGACGACAACCUGGGCUUCCUCCCCACCUUCGGGCCUUGCUAUGUGAACCUCUAUGGUAGCCCCCGGGAGUUCACGGGUUUCCCAGACCCCUACACAGAGCUCAACACUGGCAAGGGAGAAGGUGUGGCUUACCGAGGCCGGCUUCUACUGUCCCUGGAGACCAAGCUGGUGGAGCACAGUGAGCAGAAGGUGGAGGACCUCCCUGCAGAUGACAUCCUCCGGGUGGAGAAGUACCUCCGGAGGCGCAAGUACUCUCUCUUUGCUGCCUUCUACUCGGCUUCCAUGCUACAGGAUGUGGACGAUGCCAUCCAGUUCGAGGUCAGCAUCGGGAACUAUGGGAACAAGUUCGACACAACCUGCCUGCCUCUGGCCUCCACCACCCAGUACAGCCGGGCAGUCUUUGAUGGGUGCCACUACUACUACUUACCGUGGGGCAAUGUGAAGCCGGUAGUGGUGCUGUCUUCCUACUGGGAGGACAUCAGCCAUAGGAUUGAGAAUCAGAACCAGCUGCUUAGGAUCGCUGACCGGCUGGAAGCUGGCCUGGAGCAGGUCCACCUGGCCCUAAAGGCACAGUGCUCCACUGAGGACAUUGGCUCCCUGGUGACUCAGCUGAUGGAUGAGCUCAUCGCAGACUGCAGCCAGCCCCUGAGUGGUGUCCAUGAGACACCUUCUGCCACCCACCUGGACCAGUACUUGUUCCGGCUACGUACCCGCCACCUGAGCCAGAUCACUGAGGCUGCUCUGGCCGUGAAGCUUGGUCAGAGUGAGCUCCCUGCUGCCCUGGAGCAGGCUGAGGACUGGCUCUUGCGUCUCCGUGCCCUGGCAGAAGAGCCUCAGAACAGCCUGCCAGACAUCGUCAUCUGGAUGCUGCAGGGAGACAAGCGUGUGGCUUACCAGCGGGUUCCUGCCCACGAAGUCCUCUUCUCCCGGCGGGGUGCCAACUUCUGUGGCAAGAAUUGUGGGAAGCUGCAGACGAUCUUUCUAAAAUAUCCAAUGGAGGGGGUACCUGGGGCCCGGAUGCCAGCGCAGAUACGAGUCAGGCUCUGGUUCGGGCUCUCUGUGGAUGAGAAGGAGUUCAACCAGUUUGCCGAGGGGAAGCUCUCUGUAUUUGCUGAAACUUAUGAAAAUCAGACCAAGCUGGCCCUAGUUGGGAACUGGGGCACAACAGGCCUCACCUACCCCAAGUUUUCUGACAUCACAGGAAAGAUCAAGUUACCCAAGGAUAGCUUUCGCCCUUCAACUGGCUGGGCCUGGGCAGGAGAUUGGUUCGUGUGUCCGGAGAAGACCCUGCUCCAUGAUGCUGAUGCUGGUCACCUGAGCUUUGUGGAGGAGGUGUUUGAGAACCAGACCCGGCUCCCAGGAGGCCAGUGGAUCUACAUGAGUGAUAACUAUACUGAUGUGAAUGGGGAGAAGGUGCUUCCCAAAGAUGACAUUGAGUGCCCUGUGGGCUGGAAGUGGGAAGAUGAAGAAUGGUCCACGGACCUCAAUCGGGCGGUCGAUGAGCAAGGCUGGGAGUACAGCAUCACCAUCCCACCAGACCGGAAGCCAAGGCACUGGGUCCCUGCUGAAAAGAUGUACUACACUCACCGAAGGCGGCGCUGGGUUCGCCUGCGCAGGAGGGACCUCAGCCAGAUGGAAGCUCUGAAGAGGCACAGGCAGGCAGAGGCUGAGGGUGAAGGCUGGGAGUAUGCCUCGCUCUUUGGCUGGAAGUUCCACCUGGAGUACCGCAAGACGGAUGCCUUCCGCCGCCGUCGCUGGCGCCGCCGCAUGGAGCCGCUGGAGAAGACGGGUCCUGCUGCUGUGUUUGCCCUUGAGGGGGCCCUGGGCGGCGUGAUGGAUGACAGGAGUGAAGAUUCCAUGUCUGUCUCCACUCUGAGCUUUGGUGUGAACAGACCUACAAUUUCCUGCAUCUUUGACUAUGGGAAUCGCUACCAUUUGCGCUGCUACAUGUACCAAGCCCGGGACCUGCCUGCGAUGGACAAGGACUCUUUUUCUGAUCCCUACGCGAUCGUCUCCUUCUUGCACCAGAGCCAGAAGACAGUGGUGGUGAAGAACACCCUGAAUCCCACCUGGGACCAGACCCUGAUUUUCUAUGAGAUUGAGAUUUUUGGUGAGCCAGUCAGCAUUGCUGAACAGCCACCCAGCAUCGUGGUAGAGAUCUACGACCAUGAUACCUACGGUGCCGAUGAGUUUAUGGGCCGUUGCAUCUGUCAGCCAAGCCUGGAACGGAUGCCUCGGCUGGCCUGGUUUCCAUUGAUGAGGAGCAGCCAGCCGGCAGGCGAGCUGUUGGCGUCCUUUGAGCUCAUCCAGAGAGAGAAGCCGGCCAUCCACCAUAUUCCUGGUUUUGAGGUGCAGGACACAUCAAGGAUCCUAGACGAGUCUGAGGAUGCAGACCUGCCCUACCCACCACCACAGAGGGAGGUCAACAUCUAUAUGGUUCCCCAGAACAUCAAGCCAGCUCUCCAACGCACAGCCAUUGAGAUUCUGGCAUGGGGGCUGCGGAACAUGAAGAGCUACCAAUUGGCUAGCAUCUCAUCCCCCAGUCUUGUGGUGGAAUGUGGGGGUCAGACAGUACAGUCCUGUGUCAUCAGGAACCUCCGGAAGAACCCCAACUUUGAUGUUUGCACCCUCUUCAUGGAAGUGAUGCUGCCCAGGGAGGAACUCUACUGUCCCCCCAUUGUGGUGAAAGUCAUUGACAACCGCCAGUUUGGCCGCAGGCCUGUGGUGGGCCAAUGCACCAUCCGCUCCCUGGAGAGCUUCCUGUGUGACCCCUACUCCGCUGAGAGUUCAUCCCCACAGGGUGGUCCAGAUGACAUGAGCUUACUCAGCCCCGGGGAAGAUGUGCUCAUCGACAUUGAUGACAAGGAGCCCCUCAUCCCCAUUCAGCUUGCAGAUGGUCUGUCGAGCAUGGUCCCCACUAACAUGGCGUCUUCUCCAUCCAGUCCUCAUGAGGAGGAGUUCAUUGACUGGUGGAGCAAAUUCUUUGCCUCCAUAGGGGAGAGUGAAAAGUGUGGCUCCUACUUGGAGAAGGAUUUUGACACUCUAAAGGUCUAUAAUACACAACUGGAGAAGGUGGAGGCUUUUGAAGGCCUGUCUGAUUUUUGUAAUACCUUCAAGCUCUACCGGGGCAAGACUCAGGAGGAGACAGAAGAUCCAUCUGUCAUUGGAGAGUUUAAGGGCCUCUUCAAAAUUUAUCCCCUUCCAGAAGACCCAGCUAUUCCCAUGCCCCCAAGACAGUUCCACCAGCUGGCCACCCAGGGGCCCCAGGAAUGCUUGGUCCGUAUCUACAUUGUCCGAGCAUUUGGCCUGCAGCCCAAGGACCCCAAUGGGAAGUGUGACCCUUACAUCAAGAUAUGCAUAGGGAAGAAAUCGGUGAGUGACCAAGAUAACUACAUCCCCUGCACCCUGGAGCCUGAAUUUGGAAAGAUGUUUGAGCUGACCUGCAUUCUACCUCUGGAAAAGGAUCUAAAGAUCACACUCUAUGACUAUGACCUCCUUUCUAAGGAUGAGAAGAUUGGGGAGACAGUCAUUGACCUGGAGAACAGGCUGCUGUCCAAGUUUGGGGCUCGCUGUGGACUCCCACAGACCUACUGUGUCUCUGGACCGAACCAAUGGAGGGAUCAGCUCCGCCCCUCCCAGCUCCUCCACCUCUUCUGCCAGCAACACAGGGUCAAAGCCCCUGUGUAUCAGACAGACCGAGUGACAUUUCAGGAUAAAGAAUACACCAUUGAGGAGAUAGAGGCUGGCAGGAUCCCGAACCCACACCUGGGCCCAGUGGAGGAACGUCUGGCUCUGUAUGUCCUUCAGCAGCAAGGCCUGGUGCCUGAGCAUGUGGAGUCACGGCCCCUCUACAGCCCUCUGCAGCCAGACAUCGAGCAGGGGAAGCUGCAGAUGUGGAUCGACUUGUUUCCAAAGGCCCUCGGGCGGCCUGGACCUCCCUUCAACAUCACUCCCCGGAGAGCCAGAAGGUUUUUCCUGCGUUGUAUUAUCUGGAACACCAAAGAUGUGAUCCUGGAUGACCUCAGCCUCACAGGGGAAAAGAUGAGUGACAUUUACGUGAAAGGCUGGAUGGUGGGCUUUGAAGAACAUAAGCAGAAGACAGAUGUACACUACCGCUCCCUGGGUGGCGAGGGCAACUUCAACUGGAGGUUUGUAUUCCCCUUCGACUACCUGCCAGCCGAGCAAGUCUGCUCUGUUGCCAAGAAGGAUGCCUUCUGGAGGCUGGACAAGACUGAGAGCAAAAUCCCGGCACGAGUGGUGUUUCAGAUCUGGGACAAUGACAAGUUCUCCUUUGAUGACUUUCUGGGCUCCCUGCAGCUGGAUCUCAACCGCAUGCCGAAGCCGGCCAAGACAGCUGAGAAGUGCUCCUUGGACCAGCUGGAUGACACUUUCCAUCCAGAACGGUUUGUGUCUCUUUUUGAGCAGAAGACAGUGAAGGGCUGGUGGCCCUGUGUAGCUGAGGAGUGUGAGAAGAGGAUCCUGGCAGGUAAGCUGGAAAUGACCUUGGAGAUCGUUGCAGAGAGUGAGCACGAGGAGCGGCCUGCUGGCCAGGGUCGAGAUGAGCCCAAUAUGAAUCCUAAGCUGGAGGAUCCAAGGCGCCCUGACACCUCCUUCCUAUGGUUCACCUCUCCGUACAAGACCAUGAAAUUCAUCCUGUGGCGACGCUUCCGGUGCGCCAUCAUCCUCUUCAUUGUUCUCUUCAUCUUGCUGCUGUUCCUGGGCAUCUUUGUCUAUGCCUUCCCGAAUUAUGCUGCCAUGAAGCUGGUGAAACCUUUCAGCUGAGGACCCUCCUGCGCUGGAGAAAGGGACAUGGGCUGCCCUUCUGGCCCAGGACUGGCCUGCUCCUCUGCCAAGCUUAGCUGGGCUCCUCCAGACUUGACAGUCCUGCCGAAUGGGUGGACAGAGGGACUGGAACAUGCUCUAAGAGUUGCUGACAUGGAGCCCUGGGAUCACCCCACUUUUAUCAUCUCCGCCCCCCCCCCAACCCAACUCCUUUUUGGAUUAGCUUGUAUGUAUUUCAGUAUAAAGAAGACUAAACGAGAGCACUGUUGGUGUGAGUGUCUACAGUACCUGAGUCAGGGUGGCUGUGCAAGAAGUGUGUCUGGGUAGAUGGGGGUGUGGGUGGAGUGUGUGCAUUUCUGGUACAGCCUUUUGGAGGCAGAAGCAACCAGGAUGUUGCAUGUAUAUGGGGUAUCUUUGAAGUACAGUGUCUGGCAUGCUUAACUGCCAGCAUCUUCUGACCCCUCUUCUCUCCAGGACUUUCCACUUAUUCCCUGCCUCCUUUCCACUUGAGCAUCCCCCUUCCUUUCCUUUGACUAGAAACUCCAGGCAGAGAGGGCUGCUGGACCUCUGGCUUUGACCAUCCUUGGGAUUCCCUCCCUUUGCUUUUUUGGCUCUGCUUUACAGAUCUGGAUUGGAGAAAGAUACCUUUUUUCUCAUGGUUGAAGGUUUUGCCAUAGCCAUUCUUCUGGCCUUCUUUUGCAGAAAUCUGACUUAAUCUGCAGAGGCAGCAGAAACAUGCUCAGAAAAAAGGCAAAAGCCAGAAAACAGCUUUCAAAAUUUCCAAAAGAGUGGCCCCUGCCUGUCUCAUCCAAGGGGCUGGAGCACUGGCCACCCCUCUCCU